CCCCGGCUCUCCUUCCCCCCUCCAAUCUCCACACCGCCUCUCUCUCGCGCACACAGUUUUUUCUCUCUCUUCUCUUCUGCUGCAUGAGGUUGUGGGAGAAGAGCUAUCAUGGAAAGCACGGACUCUUCCUCGGGGCCUCCUCAUCAUCAGCGUCAUCCUCCUCCUUCAUCCUCCAAGGAGGCGCCGCAGCAGCAGCAGCAGCAGCAGCAGCCGGUGCCGCCCCAGCAGCCGCAGCUUCCUCCCGGCUUCCGGUUUCACCCGACGGAUGAGGAGCUCGUCGUCCACUACCUCAAGAGGAAGGCCUCCUCUGCUCCUCUCCCUGUUUCCAUCAUCGCGGAGGUCGACCUCUACAAGUUUGACCCUUGGGAGCUCCCUGGGAAGGCCAUGUUUGGAGAAAACGAGUGGUACUUCUUCAGCCCCAGGGACCGAAAGUACCCCAACGGGGCGCGGCCGAACAGGGCGGCAACGUCCGGGUACUGGAAGGCCACCGGCACCGACAAGCCGAUACUGACGUCCGGCGGGAUGCAGAAGGUCGGCGUGAAGAAGGCUCUCGUGUUCUAUGGCGGCCGGCCGCCGAAGGGAGUGAAGACCAACUGGAUUAUGCAUGAGUACAGGCUUGUUGACAGCGGGCACUCGAAGCCCAAUUCGGAUGUAGGGAACAAGAAGGCUUCUUUGAGGCUUGAUGAUUGGGUUCUGUGCCGAAUAUAUAAGAAGAACAAUCAGCCUCAAAGGCUCAUCGUUCGUGAUAGAGACGACUCGCUGGACGAUGUGUUGACGUCCUUGCCUAACAUGGACGGCCAUAACUCCAUUAAGCUCCAAUCUCAGAAGGCUACUGCCGGUUUUGCAGCACUGCUCGAAGGUGAAGACAAUUUCUUUGAUGGAUUCUUGUCUGAUGAUGGCACGAACGCAAACAGCUCUUUGUCGCAAUUGGCUCCGUCGUCCAGCAUGCCGCAGAACGGUGUUGACAAGACGGAGAUUUCGAUGGUACCGGCUGAAGCCGCUGGAGUUACCAUCGGGUCGAUGUUUAGCCUACCAUCGAAGAGGACGCUUCCCUCCCCAUAUUGGAACGAAGGGCUGCCCCCCACAAAAAAGAUCUACGACACCAAUUCAAGCAGCAACGGAGGGGGAAACUCGAUUGCUGCGUUGCUUAGCCAGCUACCCAACGUCGCAGCUGCUCCUUUGCAGCACCACCACGGCCUUGUGGGGUCUCUCGGCGAUGGUGUUUUCAGGCAACAGUACCAUCUUCCCGGGAUGAAUUGGAAUUCCUGAUCACUUAAGUUUCGGGAAUAUCUUGGCUUAUGGUAGAAAUUGCUCAAUCUGUUUGGGAUUCCUCAAGCCAGGUGCAUAAGAAGGCGAAAGUGUGCCAAAAAACGAAACCAGCUACAACCAAAAAUAGCUUGACACGUGUCCAGAAGAUUGAAGGAGGUAUAGAUAUACUAAGAAUUUAUGCUUGUAAAUUUAGUCUGACUAGAUUGCAGAGAUUCUGGUGUCAGAGUAUGAGUCGAGAUCCAGGAAACCAAUAGAAAGCAGCAGAAAAAAAAAGAGGAGGUGGGGGAAAGAAAGAAAAUACUAUACAACGGGAGAAAGAAGAAGAGAUGUUGCCUGUUAAAUUUGUUUAGAUUACUAUACAAUUGCCAAUUUAUUACCGCUUGUCAUUUGGUAAACACACUUCUCCGAUCUGAUAUUACCAAAGUUUUCUUGCAUGAAUAGUUUAUGAAAAUAGAAACUAAUGGAUUGUUUA